UAAAAUCGCCGCAUCCUUGGGCUUCUGUAGUGACACCUCCACCUCUCCCUGGUGUUACUCUCUGCUUAAUCCAUAAUGGGACAGCUGUUCACGAAGCUAAUGAGUAUUUUCGGUAAUCAGGAGCAUAAAGUGAUCAUAGUGGGACUAGACAAUGCUGGGAAGACCACCAUUCUUUAUCAAUUCUUAAUGAAUGAAGUGGUGCACACAGCCCCCAUCAUUGGCAGUAAUGUGGAGCAGAUUGUGCUGAGAAAUACACACUUCCUGAUGUGGGAUAUCGGGGGAUAGGAGACCCUCAGAGCUACGUGGAACUCUUACUACUCUAAGACAGAGUUUGUCAUCUUGGUGAUUGACAGCACAGACAGGGAGCGAUUGCCAGAGACCAAAGAAGAGUUGUACAAGAUGCUGUCUCAUGAGGAUCUCAGAGAUGCUGCAGUGUUGAUCUUUGCCAACAAACAAGAUGUGAAGGAUUCAAUGUCUGCCUCAGAAAUAUCCUCUUCAUUAGCACUUGGUGCCAUACGAGACAGAGCCUGGCUCAUCCAGGGAUGCUGUGCCUUGACUAGUGAGGGAUUACCAGCUGGACUUGACUGGCUGAAGUCUCGCGUCACUGCAAUUUGACUGUUAAAGUGGAUAUUCAGAACUUAUUUUACAUGUAAUGGACAUU